AUGUCUUAAUUGAUAAAACUCCAAUAUGCAGAGUUUUAAAUAAUUUCUCAAAUAACUGAAAAAACAGGAUUAUAUAAAAGGGGUUAAGAGUAAUGGAUUUGUAAGUAAAUUGUACUUGAUAAAAAAAAGACAUAAAAGGAAUUGAUUGAUGAAAUUGAUUAAAUGAAAAUUCGUUUAUAAAAAGCAGGUAUUUAUAUUCCAGAAGGAUAUAUGGAAGAUAAAUAAGGAAUAAGUUUAGUGUAUAAGAGAUUCAAAAAUUCAAUGGGUGAUUUAAUAAGAGUACAUAGAAGAUAGGGAAAAUUCAUUACAAUGAAUUUGAUGUAGAAAUAUGUAGAUGAAUAUACAAAUUGGUUAGAUAAAAUACAUAAAUCAAAGAAAACAGAAGCAUAGCGAUUUUGUCAUUGUAGAAUAAAACCUUAAAAUUUAUUUGAGGAUGAAGAUGGAAAUUGUGUAAUUACAGACUUUUAAUAAUUUUCAAAUGAGAAUAAUGAAUAUUAUUUGCCUCCAGAGUCAAUAGCAAUAAUAAAGAAGAAUUAAAGUUAUACAUAUGCAUAAUCAGGAUAAGGAGAUUAAUUUGGAAUAGAUCCAUAGAAAAUAGAUGUAUGGUAGUUAGGAAUAGUAUUUUUACAAAUGGCUUCAUUAAGAGAAAUAGAAGAAUUAAUUGUAUUUAGAGAUCUUUAAGCACAUGAAUCUUAAAAAGCAAUAGAAAUAAGAGAAAUAGUUAGAAAAACAUAUGGUAAUCAUUUAAUAAAUUUGAUUGAGAAAAUGUUGGAAAAGAAUCCAAAUAAUAGACCAUUGUUAUCAGAUUUAGAAGAUUUAGUUUAAGAUUUCUUUUCUCAGAAUGCAAUAAUAGCAGAUGAAAAAUUAAUGGCAACAAUAAAUAAAUAAUAAUUGAGUAUUUUUGAUGAUGUUAUGAAAUUUGUAAAAGAAUCUUAAACUUUGUUAUUAGGAGAAUUUGAAAUAAGAGAAUAAAAUUAUAGAAAUUAAUUAGAUUUAGAGGUAUUCAUUAUGGUAUUAAAAAAAUUUAAUGGUCCAAAUAUUUAAUUGCUUGAAAUGAAAACGCUAGCUGAUUAAUUAGGUGUAUUAUAAGACAAUAAUAUCAAUUAUAAAAUAUUUUGUUUAAAAGCUAAACAAUAUUAAGUUGGAUCACCUUCAACUAAAAUUGAAGCUAUUCUUACAAACUUAAAAGUGUAACUCAAAAACAAAAAUACUAAUACAAUUGAAAUUUCUCAAGAAUAUGAUAUUAAUUAAAAAGGUAAAGUCAAAGUAAAGGCUCUUAAAAUGGGUUUAUUUGAUAAAUAAAUAUCAAUAAAUGAUGAUGAAUUGGAGUUAUUAUAUACAAUUAUAGAAAAAGAUGCUCAAGAUUAAAUUGAUUAUUAUGCCUUUAAUGAUUUAAUUAAUUAAGGAUUAGCUAAAUAUAAAGAAAGUAGAGAGAGCUCAAUAGUUAAUUCUGAUGAUCUAGAGUCAAAAUUAUAAAAGUUAAUAAAUUUCAAUCCGAAAUCAUUUAAUUCUUAAAGUGAGUUUUUACAAUUUAUUAUUAAACAAUUAUAAGAUAGAGAUGAAACUGCUAAUUCUUAUUAUAAAUGUAAUUAAGAAAUUGAUAAGAUUGUUUUUUCUUUUUCUUAAUAUAUGGAAAAAGAAACCUGUACUUUACUUGAUUUGUAUAGAUAGACUGAUAAGGAUAGAGAUUAUUAUAUUUCUAAUGAAGAAUUCACUGAUCUAUUAUAGAGUACAAUUGGAUAUACUAGUUCUUAGAAUGUAUAAAAAUAAUUGUUUGAGAUAUUUGAUAUGGAUAGUGAUGGUAAAAUUAAUUUUAUGGAAUUUGAAUAUUAAGUAUACAAACGGAAUGAAAUAACUGUAAACCAAAUUGAGGAAAUGAAAAAUGUGAUGUUGAAUGGACGAAAUCCAUAAAUUGAAUAACAGAUUUCAACAUUAUUUUAUAUUAUAUCUAAGGGUAGUGUAUAUAUUGAUUUCAGAUAAUUUCUCAUGCAUAUCAAUUAAUAUAAGAAGUAUAGGAUAUUAGAAUUAGAUUAAUUCUUCAGGUAUUUUGAUAAAAAAUAUACCGAAAAAGUAGAUUAAUUUAGAUUUAUACUAUAUUUUUAAUAAUAAUAAACUAAAGGAUUAGAGCAUAUUAAUAACCCAUCUAAAAUUAAAAAAUUUGAUCUAAGUUUUUAUAAAUAAGAAUUAUAAAAAAAAUGCAUUUAGAAAAACAUAGAUCUUUUUGAUCUAUUGUGUUAUUAUGGUGAAACUGAUUUGACAAUCUCUAAACCAAUGCAAUUGUAGUAAGCAUUUUUAUUUUUAGAAAUAAUGGCCCCAAUUUCUGAUAUCGAACAAUUCUAUUAUACUUAUAUGGAAGGAGAAAAUGGGUAUAUGAGCAUAACCUAACUUUAUUUAUAAAUGAACAAUCCUGGAAAACUUUUAGCUAAAGCACUCAAUUUUCUUAUGGUAAAAUAAAAAUAAUGGACCAGAUAAAAAAUAUGGAAUAUUAUUGGAGAAUCAACUUGGGGAAUAUCUUAAUUUUAAACAAUAAAUUAAGAGUUAUAUUUAGGUCUAAAAAAUCAUGAAUUAGGAAAAGCAUUUUAAUAUUGGGAUGCUCAAAAUUUGGGAAAAAUCACAUACACAAUGUAUGAAGAAAUAUUAAAUUUGAAUUAAAUAGUUGUACCUACGAAAAAUAAUAAUAUAAUAAAAAAAAAAUAAUCAUAGUGA